GGAGCUGACGUCUCUCAACACCCAAUUAUCAGACCGCUCCUAAUCACCAGGACAGGCAAUGCUCCCUUCUCACCCCGGCUCUGGACGAGGAAAAGAGUGAAAUUUCCUUACAGUCUGGUUGCUAGUGGUGUCAGCAUCCUGUCUCCUGGGAAGUGCAGUGGAGGGGAAGCACGAGACAAUACCAGCCUUCCCAAUUUCAUUUCCACUUUGGAAUCAGAGCAUCUGUAUAUAGCACUGAAUGGCACUGGUCAAUGCAGAGAUGGGCUGGGAAGAAGGUCUUAGUGAGAGCCUGGGGUCUGCAGUAUCUGACAGGGUGACAGGCUGGGGGAAGUAGAGGAUGGAUCCUUAGUGAGGCAGUGUAGAUAGGUGGUUUUGUUUGGUUCUGUUUUUCCUUCAGGUUAAUGUAAAAAUUCACCUCCCAGUGCCACCACCAGCCUUGGCUCCCAUCUCUGUCCUGAUACAGUUGCCGUAACUCCGGGUACUGAUGCCAAAGCGUUAGCAGAGCUAUUCACAAAUAAGGAUGGCUGCUCUGUUGCUCCGGCUGGACGUGGUUAUGGCAGUGUCUCUGUCUCAGCCGGAGUGAAUGUUAGGACAUGUAAGAGCAUAGGAUUGAAGUAGAUACAGUACUCAAAGGGAGGUACAUCAUGAGCUUCUGCACUCCAAAGACAAGAGGUAUUUUAUCAGUUGCUAAUGAUAAAAAGCAGCCUGGAUAAAACAGAUGGUGAAGUAAACUUCUGAACACAGAGUGUCAUCAGGUUGUGGAACAGCCUCCCAGAGGAAGGAUGAAAAACACAGAUUCAGAACUUUUCCAUGACCACCCUGAGACUUUGGAUCGCUUUGAUAAGUUCAAAGGCCUGAAGACCCCUGAUCAGAUGAAGGGCUCUGAAGAUCUGAAGAAACAUGGAGCUACUGUCCUCACCCAGCUUGGCAAAAUCCUGAAGCAGAAGGGUAAUCAUGAGUCAGAGCUGAAGCCCCUGGCUCAAACCCAUGCCACGAAGCACAAAAUCCCAGUCAAAUAUCUGGAGUUCAUUUCUGAAGUCAUUAUCAAGGUCAUUGCUGAAAAACAUGCCGCAGACUUUGGGGCCGAUUCCCAGGCUGCCAUGAAGAAGGCUCUGGAGCUGUUCCGAAAUGACAUGGCCAGCAAGUACAAGGAGUUUGGUUUCCAGGGUUAGCAUGUACGCAGAAGGACACCACGACGGAGGCCUUGCCAUGCAUCUCAGAGUAGCUUCCUCAGCACUAUUCUGGACAUCUUCCAACUGACCAUCCACGACGUGCGGGAAUGCUUCAGUGAGAGGCCAAGAGUCACCCUAGGCAGCGCAGAGGCACUCAGAGUGAUGUCCGUGAUAAAUUGUUGUCCUUUCCUGGCUUCAUGUAUGCAAAAGAAAUAAUCUGUUUUCUUAGAAUAAAUAAUGUAAGGGGUUAUCUGUCA